CUUUGGCUUCUUUAGCCUAUUUACUUAUAACCGUCAUUGCAGCUUCGGCAGUGAUAAGAAUUGAUGAUGACCUUGAUAAUGCACUAGAACAAAGAAAUACUUGUGCGACCAAGUGUCCUUUCAUCUUCGCCAAUGCGAUUUUUGAUCCAGAUAGUCCUAAAAAUGAAAAGGUUUCGGAAGGUCCAAUUAAAGGUUUUGUGGUCUUUGUUCAAGAUGACGAAGGUAGCACAACCGUCACAGGCUAUUUUAGUAGUGGUUUCAAAUCAACCAAGAACUACAAAUUUCUAAUCGUGGAUCACUUCGAUGUCGUCCUUGAUAUGACAAAAAGGUUAAACGUAACAGUUCAUGAAGGUGGUACCAAAGCUUUCACCUAUACGUAUGAUGAUAUAAGCCUUGAUUGUGAUAAUGAAGGCAUUCUUAAGACAAAAGCUGACAGUUCCAAAACUAAAGUUGAGACAGUAGAUAUAUUUCUAAAAAUUAUAGAAAAUGGUAAUAUCAACAGUCGAGCAAGGCUUCUACUGAAAAAAUGA